AGGUUUAUUUGGCUGCAAAAAAAGCUGCUAAUUGACGACUUUUCAAAAGCCAUAUCUUCUCGGAGGAAUUUCUAAAUUAUCGUUCUAUGUCAAUAAACAUUGACAGUUGGACUCGUGUUAAAAAUACUUUAAAAAGCUUAUACUCAAUUGGAUUUUUCCGUGAAAUAUAAUAAUCGAAACGAUGCCUGUUCCUUAUCCUCAACAUCCGAUCCCUAUUGAAGCGCUUUCUGAAUAUGACAUUCGUGAAAUACUCUUGGAUGGUCAUGAAAUUCUUGAAAAGCCACUAACUCCAGCUGCAAACUUCCAGAGGAUUAUUAAUCACAUCGAUUUUUCUGAGAGCAGCAGUUAUAGUGAUAAUUGUUCUCAGAAUAAAGAGUCUGAGUUUUUUCCAAAGAACUUUACACCAAAAAUAUGGGAAAAUGUUAAGGAGACCCUACGUACUACCUUGAUUGAAAUCAAUGCUUUGGUUGACGUUCUUUCUAUCAUCAAAGAAGGAAAAUAUCUGGCCAUUAAUCCUGUUGCUGAUGAUUCGCAAGAAACUAAUCUUUCUCUUUACCUAUCUGGGAAAAAACGAUCUAUCGCUGCUGCCGCUGAUAUCUUAAUGAAAGGUGCUGAGCGUCUUCGUCGUAGACAUAGUGAAUUGAUUGAUGCUAGAGUCCGACGAUUGAAUUCAGUUGUACCUCCUCAGUUUGAUAGUGCUCAUAACUCCUUCCAUAAAGCACUAAUGCAUUUACGCCAAGAAUGGAGACUAAAGUUGCAUCAAAAUUCUAUUUUAGGUGAUGUUAGUCUACGGUCAGUUGGUUCUCACUUUAGGGAGUCUGGUAAUUUCGAGAUCCGGGAAUCAGAUGGUUUUGCUGAUAGUAAAUCAGAUGUGGAGUCACAAGACGACAAGUGUGUUGAUGCAGUAACUGGAGUUAUGAUAAUUUUUUCUCAGUCUAUGGAAGCUCUUUUAAAUUUAUCUCAUGGACCUGGUUUAUUGAAUGUUGAAUUCCUUGAAUCGGAUAUUAAUUCACUACCCACACCUUUAUUGGAGUUCAUAUUUCAUAAACAACAAAUAUCCUCAUGUUCUAGGGAUCCGUUACUUAUUAACCAAAGACAAAAACUUUUCAAAGCUCAGAGAUUAUUAGCAUGUCGAGAGAUUUUAUCUUUGCUUAGUUGUGAAGCAAGUACUUCAAAGGAAUAUAAUCAUCUAACUGGUUCUGUCGCUUUUGCCACUCAGGAUAAGAUCAUAGCUACAUUAUUUCCGGGAGUACAAAUAUGUCUGUCAUCCGCUGUUAGACCUACAGUUUUUGGUGAAGAUGUAUCGGUUGACGAAAGACCAAAAUUGCAAGAUAAAAAAUCGGAUCAUACAGUAUCUACUAUGGACUAUUCAAAUUGCAUAAACUUGCAACUACAUCGUAUGUUAGCAGGUCAGCAUCGUGCAGUGUGGCCGAAUCUUGCCAGUUUGCCACAGCCUACAUGUGGCCCUGUAGAGAUUCCUUUAUACUAUCGUUCAGGUGGUGCAAAUGGAUUACAUGCUUCGAAAUUCUCAUCACUACCAUAUAGCACGAAGUUCUCUGGAUUUUCUGUCGCUGUAGCUAGUGUUUCUGGUUUUGCUUCCCAAGCUGCUUCUGCUUUGUGUGUUAUUCACUCUACUAACCGGACUAACUCAAAUACUGUUGAGAAAACAAACACCUUUAACCAGCGAUCCCAACCCAUCUUCGCUGGUCAAGAUCGCUUGUCGCUCUUCACAGAAUGGGGACACUCACUCCCAGGUGGAGCCUGUGUUCCAUCAGUUGGGUUUCGUCACGGGGUACCAAACUCUGCUGAUGAUUCAGUCCCUGGCACGAGUGACAUCGCUAUGCUGGAAUAUACCCUGUUAUCUCGAGGAGUUGAUGAAGACACAAUGAAAACUGUUCUUGGUACGAAUCCGUCGUUACUUAGCCGAACCAUUGCCAUAUCUCGUCAUCACUAUCUUCGAGAUCAAGUAUACUCCAUCAUAUCCGAACUUUCUCAAUGCUCUCCUAUUAAGAUUAUAGCUCAUUGGGAUACUUUUAAUUCUGCUACUGAAACGUCAGUCAGAUUGUGUUUUUACUGUACAGAUUAUGAUGCCUAUCGUUCGUGGUUAGGUGUAACAAUUACACCUAAUGGUCUUGUGGUGUUGUAUGCAGACCCUCCUAGAACAUAUCGUUUAGGUAUGGAUCUAAACAGACUCAGAGAUGUUUUGAACAAUCAGGUAUUGUAUACACAAAUGAAUUAUAUAGAUAUAUUGGCUAUAAAAAUUUUGGGUUGGGUUCGACUAGGGAAUAAUCCAUUUUCAGCACUAGCCAAUCCUGAAGAAAUCGGUGAUGGUCCAGUGAUAGUAAAAAUGUUUGCAUCUCCUUCUGCUAAACAAUGAGUCCCAUAAAAAACACUAACAGAAAUCAGGAUAAAAUUCAGGCUGGACGAAACGCACAUCCUAGAUUCCGUUGCUAAUAUAGGAGGAAAUAAUAUUUAAAAGUAUAUUCUGAAAUAUUUAUUGAUAGUCAUCCUAAAGCCCAUACAGUAUGUAUUACUGACAUAUAUUUGUUUCUUCGAAAGAUUUUCUUGAAUCUCUUUUAUUUACUUGUAAGUAUUUCUCAUGCUCUUUCGUCGUAUUGAUUUUUGGUGUUACACUUUCUUUUAUCAAACACCUGUUUAUUGGGAAAUGUAUUGGUUUUAAUUUGUUGUUAAGUUUCUCUUUCUGUUUCUUCACACCUUUUUAGUUUAAUUUGUUUACGUGCAAGUGCUGUCAUGGAUAUUCGAAUGUUUGUUUCUCGUUGUAGUCCAUGCGACUACCCAUUUACUACCGAUCAUAAAGAUAUAUUUUCAAAUCAAGACUUUCGUGAAGUAUUUAUUUCUCAUAUGUAUGGAAAAAGUUUGGUGUCCAAAGUUGAAGCACUUAUGACUUUAUUAUCCUAAUGAAAGUAUUAUAAAAGAUUUUGUUUUAAUUGUGUAAAUAAAUAUUACUUUAUACAUUCACUUUCUGAUGUCAAUUAUACAUCUAAAGAGGUGUAAUUGUUAGUCGUUUAUGAAUUAAGAUUACCAGUAGGUCAUUCAAAGGUGUACCUCAGAAGUACAUAUACCUUGUAAAGGCUCUUUACUCGA